ACAAAAAUCGACAGACACACACACACACACACAUCCACAUAUAACAUACAUAAAUUAAUUCAUUCAAAAUGAGUGUGUCAUCAAUGUUUCGAUACAUCAUAGUCAUCAUCAUUGCCACUGUCGCCGUCAUCAAUAUUGAUCAUCUUAAUCCUCAUCAUCAUCAUGUGUCAGCUGUUCCAGUCACAAAUUCAAAUCAACAACAACAAACAAAAUUACAAACAUCAGCUAAUGAACCGACAAUCAAAACAACAAACAGUAAUGUUUAUGGAGCGGAUAAUGGUGGUUCAACAAAUCAAAGUGGUGGUGGCGGUACUAAUGGACAACAACAACAAAAACCAAAUUCUGAACAAAAUCCUGGUUCAGUGAAUCGUGGUUAUAAUCAAGGCUAUUCAUAUAAUACCGGUAUUAAACCAUAUAGAACUGGCUAUACAUAUUUUCAACCAUUUGGUGAUCAUGUUAAUAAUCAAAAUGAUGGCAAAAAUGGUAAUAAUAAUGGUAAUGGUGGCAAUGUUGAAAACAAUACCAAUCAACAACAAUUACCAAUUGAAUUGCCAAAUUUUUUCGGUAUCGAUCCUAAACAAUUAGGACCAGUUCGUGUAAUAGAGAAUAAAAAUUUACCGCUUGAUGAAAAUGGAAUUCCGAUUUUGGAUCAGAUUCAUAUACCGGAAAAUACGAAUGAAAAUCAAAAUGGCAAUAAUAAUGGAAAUUUUAAUAAUCGACAAGCACGGCCACUACCACCACCACCACCACCACCACAACCUCCAGUACCCGUGCCACCCGUUGAAGUUCCGGUCAAUGCGAAUGAUUUUGCCGAUUUUAAUUUGAACAAUAUUCUUUCUGGUAAUAAUAAUCCGAACAACAACAAUAAUGGUUACAACAACAACAACAAUAAUAAUAAUAACAAUGGCGGCGGAGGAGGAAUGUUUGAUUUUGCACCACCAAGUACGAGCAAUUUUAAUUUUGCCCGACCGGGAACGGCCGGUGCAGAUCAAAGUGAUGAUCCAAGUCUGAUGUUGGAUGGCAAUAUGGAUAUGGGCGGCAGUGGCAAUAAUAACAACAACAAUAACAAUCAAAAUGGUUUGGCUGGGUUUGGUUUCGGCGGGCAACAAGUACCAAGUGAAAUUGUCAAUCUAAAUAAUGCAUUUGGUACCGGUGGUGGUAGGGGUGGUGGUGCUAGUGGAACUGGAAACAAUAAUCGAAAUAGUGGUGCAGGAAACUUGAAUGAUAUUUUGGAUCAAUUUGGAACGCCAAAUACCGUUGCAACGAAUAAUAAUAACAAUAAUGAUCUUGGUAAUCUUGGCUCUUCUACCGAUGUGAAUCAAAUAUUUCCAUUUUUAUUAUAAUAACAGAUUUUUUACGAGAAAAAACAAACAAACAAAAAA